AUGAUUCCCCAGGUUGCCCUCCACUCAUAUCUACCGCAAAAGUUCGGAACUCAAGGAUCUGAUGGUGUCCCUCCCUUCGACCCUCUCCAGCAACCCACAGGACCCGACCGAUACCAACCCACGCCUGUCCCAUCUGCAAGCCCUAGGAAUCUUGUGUCUUCUUCGCUGGGGCCUCCGAACCGCGCAUAUCCGGGUCACAAUAGCAACACUCGCCGUCCAGGCCUCGUGCGCGCGGAGUCGAGUAGUCACGGCUUUGUUGGACACUACAACGACCCAUCGGAGCAUAUGCUGCGAAGGAAGACACCGAAUGGUACCCUCGCUGCUGGCUAUGACGGCACACCCGUACAAUGGUCCAGCAAGGUCCCUGCUCUGAAGCAUGUUGCACUUGCUGCGUGUGUGGAUUCUUCAAGUCAGAAUGGAACUUACACCACAUCCAUCUUAGACGAUCCGCGGGCGAAACCGAAAUCUGCUGCUCUGAACCUUGGCCUGGGAUAUCAGCAAGCUGGCCAGAUCCACGCCUCACGGUUCGCUCCUCACGAUCGAGACGUCCGAAUUGGCGGGAAUAUAGGUACACCGCAUCAGCUUCCCUCCAACUAUCCUCAUAAUGUUUGGGAUCAGAUUCAGACACACCAAGCAUCUAAGUUCUAUCCCAAAAAUGGCAUGCAGAUUCCAACUGUUCUGCAACCAGCGUACCAACCAUCUCCUGGACCGACUGCAUCCAACGAUGGGGGUUUCUAUGGUCCAUAUUGGCCCGACGGUAGGUUUGUACCAUACAGACCAGCCGCCGUACGGGACCAUGGAGGCUUUCAUCACCAAAACGUACCGAUGAACCAAGACCACAGUCAGCAAGCGCUACCCCCAGCAGACCAUUUGCCACCCUUACGACAGCUAUCUUUCGCUGAAGAGGCGAAUCUGCUUCAGCACCCCGGUCAUGCACCUUUCAAUAUUCAAAGUCGAGACAUUCGUGCGCCGCAUGUCGUCUGUAAUCCUUCUUUAGCAUCGCGUUCGAACGGGAGCAGCACUUCGUUCCACACCAUUGAUGGCGGUUCUCGAAUACGAACCGCUUUUACGCACCAGGCCGGUAACCCACAUUUCAAGGAGAAGACCUUGUCCUGGGCUCACAGUAUCUACGUUGAUCUUCUCGCAUUCCUUCACCAAACAGAGAAGGAGAACAAGCAGACUAAGCAGCCUAUCGGAUUUCGGACCUAUUCUAAGAACAGCAUAUACCCUAAACCGCCUCGUCAAUCCUUCUUCUACUCGAAAUCUGCUCAGUGGGAAUCCUCAGAUGACACAAAAAUCAAUGAUGCAGUCUUUCACGGGCAGAGCGGGCAUGCUCUGACAUCCUCUCCACCGUCAUUUUGGGACAACUUCAUUGGCUUCCAAGAAGCUGGAGGUCUGAGUGAAGCACGGCUUGCCAGGCCCCCGAACCAAGACAUGCCGCACUACAUGUCUCCAUUCCAGGCGCCUUCCCAGGCUUCCGCUUCACCAAUGAGCAAGGCACGAGAUGCAUUGGAAGUCCUUCACAUUCUGUGUGACCAGAGUGAGUGGAGCUGGGUCGACGGUAUGCUUCUUGGAGGGUGCCUCGCAUAUGGUCUCGAGGAGUAUCACAAAGCGCUUAAGUGGUACUCGAAGAUUAUUGCUCUAGAUCCCACGCACGUGGAGGCUAUUUCGAAUCUCGCGGCCACGCUGUUGUGUUUAAAUAGACGUGAAGAAGCAGAACAGUACUGGUUGCAGUCGAUCAAGCUCAGACCGAGCUACUUUGAAGCAGUCGAACAUCUCGUUGGAAUGCUCUGUGGCGAUCAUCGAGGAAACGAGGCUGUCAACAUCAUUGACUUUGUGGAGCGCUCGCUGCGGUUGCCAAGAUCCGAAGAGAACUCGGACUAUCUCAGUGAGACAUCGAGUAAUGCCGAUCGAGAUUCGUUCGACUCUGUGGGCAUGUCAGCCGAGAACUUCGCUUUGGAUUCCGAUAUUGACGUCGAAGGAGUGUUCAGCCCAACGGUUAGAAAGGAAAACGACGACCCUCUGGCGCAGCCUGGUUACGGAUCCAGUGGGUUCUCGGUGCCUGGCUCAGAGAGCGGUCGUAUCCUUGCGCUAGUCCAUGCUAAGGGCAACAUGUUAUAUGCUCUUGGCGACAUCGCUGGUGCCUCGAAAGCCUUUGAAGAAGCGGUCCUGAUCAGCACGGGUCGAGGGUUCCAUGGAAUCCAGGAUCUGAUCAGAAGAAUAGUCAACGUCCUAUCACUGGACGGGAUGCGUCCUUUGCGCACCGACUUUAGGUCGCCUACACCGUCAGCUGGUCGUUCCCCAUUGCUUCUACCCCCCGACAAGGCUUUGCAGACAGCACGGCUUGUGUUUACGAAGAAUGGUGAUCUCCCUGGACUUCGAUACGUGGCUAACGGUCUAGCGAAAAGAGCCGCAGUCUCGACUACUAGCAAUUCUCUCUUGUCUCUUGCCAAGAUCUUUCAGGACGCAAUGUCAAACAGUAGUUCUCGUCAAGGGAUUUCGGGAACGCCAACAGGAGUCGGGGACAUACUGGCACUUUACUAUCUGUCGCUAUCCCUCCAGCCCAGCCCUUCCACAGCGAAUAAUGUAGGUAUUCUCCUCGCCAGUGUACAGCAACCGCCGUUACACCGCCCUCUCCAAUAUAGAGAGACAUCUACUCAACCUACUAUACCUGGGGUAGUUCCCGGUAGUGGGAUCGCUCUCGCUCUGGCUUAUUACAAUUACGGACUUAAUCUUGAUUCUCGCCACGCACAUAUUUACACGAAUCUCGGAAGUCUGCUCAAAGACAUCGGCCAGCUUACAGCUGCGAUCACGAUGUACGAGAAGGCUGUUGCUUGUGAUGGCACAUUUGACAUUGCACUGGCGAAUCUAGCAAAUGCUGUCAAGGAUCAAGGCCGCACAAGUGACGCUAUUGAGUACUACAGACGCGCCGUCGCCUCAAGCCCGGACUUUGCAGAAGCAGUGUGUGGACUGGCCAACGCUCUCAACUCUGUCUGUGAUUGGGCUGGGCGAGGAGGGGUCAUACUUGACGGUGGCAGACAAGACAGAUGGCAUAUAGACGAGACUGGGAUGAUCACUGACGCCCGAACAAAUGGGCAAGGUGGUGGUGGCUGGAUGAAGCGCGUGGUUGACAUCGUCGCAAAGCAACUGAAGGACGGUUCCGUGUGGGGGCUAGGAACUCUGCAAGGCCCAGCACUUGAUCGAUUGCUUCAGCAAUUGCAGGCAGCUGACUCUGGUGGCGAAUGGCCAUUGGAAACGCAAAAGAGCAUGCUAGCGACCUUGAAGUCGUGGGCAGGACAACGCUGGGAGGGUGCCCGACUUGUGCGUUUAAUAGAAAGAGCUACCAAGAGAGCCAUGCACCGAUGGUAUCAUGACAAGCAUGUGCAGAAACGGCACCUACCCCCGUCGCACUAUCCAAGACCUCAACUACCCGACGGCUUGACGGUGCCUACUGCUCCGACAGUAUUGCCGUUCCAUACAUUUACCUGCCCCUUGUCUGCGAAAGACAUACGGAUGAUCUCACAGAGGAAUGCGCUCAGAAUAUCCUGCUCUACUCUGAACAUGCCAUGGAUGCAAGGAUCCGUCUUCCCCCCACCUUCGCCUCCAGCGCCCCAUCUCAAUAUCGGAUACGUAUCUUCGGAUUUCAAUAACCACCCUCUCGCACAUCUAAUGCAAUCUGUUUUUGGCUUCCACAAUCCUUCACGCGCGAAAGCACUCUGCUACGCCACGACUGCGAGCGAUAACUCGGUCCAUCGCAAGCAAAUCGAACGUGAGGCGCCAGUGUUUCGAGACGUCAGCACAUGGCCAGCUGAUCGCUUGGUUCAGCAGAUUGUUCAGGAUGAGAUACAUAUCCUGGUCAAUUUGAACGGCUACACUAGAGGCGCAAGGAACGAGGUGUUUGCAGCUAGACCGGCCCCGAUCCAGAUGUCUUUCAUGGGUUUCGCGGGUACACUUGGGGCUGAAUGGUGCGACUACAUCCUGGCUGAUGAAACCGCCAUCCCUCUUGAUACCUUGCGGCCUUGGAGAAUAAAUCUGGCGCUAGAAGAUCAAAUUUUGGAUCUGGCAUCGCACGAGGAAGAAGACUGGGUAUACUCGGAGAACAUCAUUUUCUGCAAAGACACGUUCUUCUGUUGUGACCAUGCUCAGUCUGAGCCUCGAGAAAAGCAGCUCUCGUGGGAAGAAGAGCAGUCUCGAAGGUGGGCAAUGCGGAAAGAGCUGUUUCCCAGUCUUUCCGACGAUGCGAUCAUUUUGGGAAACUUCAAUCAGCUCUACAAGAUCGAACCUACGACAUUUCGGACGUGGUUGAGGAUUUUGGACAGGGUUCCGAAAGCCAUACUGUGGCUCCUUCGCUUUCCUGAUCUAGGCGAAAGUAACCUUAAAAGAACGGCUCAAAAGUGGGCCGGAGAGAAUGUUGCGUCGCGAAUAUGGUUCACGGACGUCGCUCCCAAACAUCAACAUAUUUCCCGGGCACGAGUGUGCGAUCUCUUCUUGGACACCCCAGAGUGUAAUGCCCAUACGACAGCUGCUGAUGUUCUAUGGUCAAGCACUCCUCUCUUGACGCUUCCCCGAUACAAAUACAAGAUGUGCUCUCGCAUGGCUGCUUCGAUCCUCAAGGGGGCAUUGCCUCGGGGUGAGGAGGGUCGCAGGGCCGCUGAAGAGCUCAUUGCAGAAGACGACACACAGUAUGAAGAGUUGGCGAUAAAACUGGCGAGUACCUUCUCCUACAGAGUUACCCCCUCUGGUCGGGGAGAGGGGAUUGGGAGAUUAGGAGACAUCCGGAAGCUGCUGUACGAUAAUCGGUGGACGUGCGCUCUCUUCGAUACCAAAAGAUGGGUGUCCGAUCUUGAGACUGCUUAUGACGAGGCCUGGAGAAGGUGGGUUGGGAACGAAGAACCGCGUAGGCCGAAGGUCACUGGUAAUGGGCCGACAAGCCUGCAAUCGGGUUCCGAGGAGGGGAUAAUCAAAGUAUUGACCUUCGACCCUCCGCCCUCGUCGGGCCUUUCUUUGCCCGGUAGCGAAAUGCCGGUUACGGAGGGGGAGUCCAGAAUAUGGGGCCGGCUCCCUACUCGCUUGGUCUCGGUUGUCCACCAACCGGAAGGGCACAACAUGUUCACCCCCUUUUACCCUUCAUGA